UCAGUCUGUACAAUAAAGUUGGAGAUGAUUUGAUGUCAGAAUCCUAACUUUAGAUAUUGAAGAUGACGAGGAUGAAUCUGCUUGCUCUGUUUCUUACACUCUUACCAGGAGUACUUUCACACUACAGAUCUCGCUUUUCACGUUAUCGAUCAUGGAAUUCACAAAUGUAUCCGGUCUGGAGAGAUGGAGAUCCCAGAUACAGAGACUGUUGGACAGGUGGAGAGGUGACAUUUGAGAUGAGAAGUGAUUCUCCGACACUGACGGGAGCAAAAACUACCUUCAACAUUGAUGUUCGUUUCCCCCAAAAUCAGACGGCACUUCCUGAUGGACAAGUGGUGUGGGCACGAAACUGUACCAUUAAUGGAACAGCAUAUACUAUGGGUCAGGCUGUGUACCCCGAGACCAAUCUCACUCAAGAAUGGACUGGUGUCUUUCCUGAUGGUACACCUUUCACGAAGACCUCCAACAAAAAGCCCAGAUUCAUUUAUGUGUGGAAGACAUGGGGUAAAUAUUGGCAGGUGGCUGACGGUCCUUCAUCUCUACUGACCAUCGAGACGGACAAACAGCCUCUUGGCUCUUAUAAGAUGGAGGUUGUUAUUUAUCAUUGCCGGGGCAAAGACAAGUUCAUUCCUCUUGGUUAUGCAUCUGCUCAGUUUUCUAUUACUGACCAGAUUCCUUUCGCAGUGACAUUGUCUCAGGUCGGUGAUGUCACACAGGGUGACCAAAGCUUUAUCCAGAACACAGCCGUGUCAUUUAGCGUCAACCUGCACGACCCCAGCCGUUACCUCAGUGGAUCAGACGUCACCUUCAACUGGGACUUUGGAGACAACAGUGGCACUCUUAUAUCCCGUGAAACUACAGUCACCCAUACAUACAUCUCAGCUGGUUCCUUCAGACCACAGGUCAUUCUAAUGGCAGCCAUCUUAAAUGACUGUACACCAAACCCAAGCACAGCGGCCGCCGUUGUUACACCUGCUCCAGCCACAGGUGUUCCACCAUCCACCUCUGUUUCCCCAGUUGAAGAUGCUGGAGUGGAGAGCACUGAUGUUCCUGUGCUCAUAACAGACGGAUCAGCUGAUGACACCAAUGAGUUAGCAGUGGCACCUGUCACAGAUGCAGAUGAAGCUCAAGCUGUGAUAAUCACACCUGAACCUGUUUCUGAUGUUUCCGGUUCAGUAUCUGCUGGAGAAGAUGAAGAUGCUGAGGUUAUAGUCAAUGUGUCUGCUACUCUUCUCCCUGAAUCUCCUACUGAUGUUGUGCAAACAGUGGCACCUGUAAAUGUCCUCAGCACUGAACCAGCACCUGCUGAUGCUGCUGCUGAUGUUGUGGUGUCGGUGGUUCCUGCUUUAGACGACACAGAGAUAACAGAAGUCAAUGAAACAACUGAAGUCACUGCUGAUAGCGUAUCUGAAGCUACAGUAAGUGAGAUAGCAGCUGAUCUGGAGACAGUAACUGAAGCCACACAGGCCACGCUUAUCAUUGCAAAGCGUCAAGCACCAGAAAUGCCAGCAGAAUCAUGUUUCAUUUAUCGCUACGGCUCAUUCUCCAAAACUGUUGAUAUUGUCCAGGGAAUAGAGAGUGUUGAGAUUGUGGAGGUGAAUAAUGUGAUUGUCACAGAAUUGGAGCAGAAUGCUGUGGAUCUCACAAUCACAUGUCAGGGAAGUCUGCCGAAUGAAGUGUGUACGGUUAUAUCUGAUGCUGACUGUAUCAGUCCUGUACAGACUCUGUGUAAUUCUGUCACUCCAAGCCCUGACUGUCUGAUGGUGUUACGCCAGUUCUUUAAUGAUUCUGGCACCUUCUGUAUCAAUGUAUCUCUAACCAAUGAUGUUAGCUUGGCAGUAACCAGUGCAAGAAUCAAUGUUAAUAUGGACACGAAUUCAUCCAGUAGUAGUGCUGGAGCGGCACUGGGAGUCCUGCUUUUUAUUUGUGCUAUGGGAACCAUCGCAUUUUUUACACACAAGCGUUUUAAGGGCUACCAUCCACUGAUUGAGGAUUAUACAGAUAACAGUUUGGGUUCUGAAAGGAUCUCGAUGCCGUUAAACCUCUGGAACUUUCUGAGCCGAUCGUCUUCUGGAGAGAGUCGGCCGCUACUUCAGGGACGAGUGGUGUGAGCUAUACAUCAAAACAACCUUCAAACAGAAGAAAGACCUCACGUAUAACAUUCUUCAUAUUAUCUCAAUGGAGUUAUUAUUAUUUGUGAAUAACAUAACCAGAGAAUACUCUGUAUGUGUUGUGUAUGUCUGAUGUUUUCUGUCAUGAGUUGUAAUAUUCUGAUCAUUACUCUUUAAUAAAAUGGAGUAUUGUGACUA